GGCGGCCCCGCCGGCCGCGUCCCGGCCGCCCGCCUCUGUGGGCGGGGGCCGGCGAUGGCAGCGGCCGGGCAGGAGGAGUACGCCUACCUCUACCGGGACUCCGCUCACCCCGCCGGCUUCCUGGAGGCGUUCCGGGCGUUCUACCUGGAUGGGCUGUUCACCGACAUCACCCUGCAGUGCGCUUCGGGGGUCGUCUUCCGCUGCCACCGAGCCGCCUUAGCGGCUUGCAGCAGUUAUUUUAAAGCCAUGUUCACGGCCGAUAUGAAAGAGAAAUCUAAAAACCAGAUCAGGCUUCCCGGGCUCAGCCAUGCCGUACUGGAAGCCCUCGUGAAUUAUGCAUACACAUCACAGAUCCAGAUAACAAAGAGGAAUGUCCAGAGCCUACUCGAGGCUGCAGACCUCCUCCAGUUCGUGUCGGUAAAGAAAGCCUGCGAGCAGUUUCUGGUGAGGCAUUUAGACACUGACAACUGCAUAGGGAUGCACUCCUUUGCUGAAUAUCAUGAUUGCUCGGAGCUAGAAAAAGAGUCCAGGAGGAUAUUGUUAUGGCAGUUUGAAGAAGUGUGGAAGCAGGAAGAGUUUCUGGACAUUGGCAAGGAGAAGAUCUCUUAUAUUCUCUCCAGAGAGAAUCUCAACGUUUGGAAAGAAGAGGCAGCCAUUGAAGCUAUAGUUAAGUGGGUUGCACACAAUGUGGAAGAAAGAAUUGAAGAUGUCUGUGAACUGCUGAGCUGCAUCAAGGUAGACGUAGACAACAUGUAUCUGAGGUCAGCUUUAAGCCUACAAAAAAAAUGCCGGCUUAAUGACAAUAAGAUAAGGUCACUCAUAUACAAUGCCCUCAACCUUAGUCCCAAAGGUCUUUCCAGAAGACCCACAGCAGCCAUGUAUGUGAUCGGAGGAUAUUAUUGGCAUCCCUUAUCAGAAGUGCAUGUCUGGGAUCCUUUAACCAACGCAUGGGUCCAGGGAACCGAGAUGCCGGAUCACACCAGAGAGAGCUAUGGGGUCACUAACUUGGGACCAAACAUAUAUGUGACAGGAGGUUAUAGAACAGAGAGCAUUGAAGCACUUGACACCGUGUGGGUAUAUAACUGUGAGCGAGAUGAAUGGACAGAAGGCUGCCCCAUGCUUGACGCAAGGUAUUACCACUGCGCGGUUUCCUUAAGUGGCUGCAUCUAUGCGUUGGGUGGUUACCGGAAGGGAGCUCCAGUGCAAGAAGCUGAGCUCUAUGAUCCUUUAAAAAAGAAAUGGCUUCCAAUUGCAAACAUGAUCAAAGGUGUUGGAAAUGCCACCGCCUGUGCCCUGCACGAAGUCAUCUACGUAACUGGAGGUCACUAUGGGUACAGGGGAAGCUGCACCUAUGAUAAAAUCCAGAGAUACCAUUCAGGUAGCAAUGAGUGGAGUAUAGUCACCACAAGUCCGCAUCCAGAAUAUGGAUUGUGUUCAAUUACAUUACAAAACAAGAUCUAUUUUGUGGGUGGACAAACCACGAUCACGGACUGCUAUGACCCAGAGCAAAACAAGUGGAAGCAGAUGGCUCACAUGAUGGAGAGAAGGAUGGAGUGUGGUGCGGUGGUUAUGAAUGGAUGCAUCUAUGUAACAGGAGGAUAUUCCUAUUCAAAAGGAACGUAUCUGCAGAGUAUUGAGAAAUACAACCCUGAACUGAACAAAUGGGAAGCAGUAGGUAAUCUUCCCAGCGCUAUGCGGUCACAUGGCUGUGUCUGUGUGUAUAACGUGUAAACAUGUAAUUUUCAUAUUGCUGCUACACAAAACAGCAGAUGCAGUAUUCAUAAUAGUGCUGAUUACCUCAUGAAUGAGAUGUCUAAUACAGGCUCUUAGUGCACAUCAUUAAAAAUUAGGUAUAAUUUGUCUUUAUUCUAAGCAAUUUGGCAAUAUAAAUGUGGUAACAAGAUGAUAUAUUUUUCAGUCCAAUCAUUCUUUAUCAUAAAAGUUUUCAAAUUACUCUCUUGCAAUACUUUGUGCAGCUAUUUCACAGGAACUACUGUGAAAAAGAGGUUUGUUUUUAUUAAUCACUGGGUAGAACUAUAAUCUGGUGCUAAGGUGAGUAAAGCCAAACAAAAUACUCUGGAUUUCUAUGAACUACUGGGCUUAAGAUGAAAUCUUUGAUACUCUGAAGGUAGCUAUAGAAAUGGUUCAUUGCCACAAGCUACGCGUGUGGUACAUAUAGAGCAAUAUCACUUCGAUAACUAGGUUAUCGCAUCCAGAAAUCAUGGGCAGUUAGUUAUAGGAAGCCUCUCAUUCUACCUUCAAAUGCCAGAGUGGAGAAAAGCACAGGCUGGGAAUGAGGGGAUAAACGUCCUGCAGUGGCCCCAGAGCACAAGCCGAAAGCGUGUACUGGUUUUGCAGAACAGUGCUUUGCAGUACAGGGCAGUUUCAGAAGAGUGCUCACUUCGCUGUUCUCACACGGUCAGGGCCCUUGAGAAAUAAAAGGCUCUGCAUGGCUUUGUAGUGGGCUCCUUGGCAGAUGCACAGGUAUCGGUGAUUUAUUUUUUUCAGGGAAAAGCCAUGGUAACUAUUAUUUUAAAUAAAAUUUAAGAUGUGUGUCUUGAUGGAAUGGAAGGAGGAAAUGAGAGAGACUGGAAAGUUGCUAACAUUCCCCCACAAUACAAGCUUCUCUAUUUCGUUUAAUACCAUUCGGUCAUUUUGGAGUGCUGAACUGUGACAUGAGCAAAGGUGACAACUGAGGAAACUUGUCAAAAUAUGUUAUGCAUGGAGAAAUUGAAUGCUGAGUGGUCCACUGGAUUUAUUUAUUAUCUGACUCAAAAUGUAAUAUGAGAUCUUCAAAUUCUGCCUGGAAAGCAACUUGACAUGGGCUGAAAGGUCAUAAUUGUGUCCCAUCUUCACUGGGAGACUCCCGUGACAGGCUGCCAUCGCCAGCAGAAUCCAUAGGUAGUAUUCAAAUAGCUGGUGUUUUGACCCUGCCAUCUCCAGCCUUCCCCCCAGUCCUUGUUUCGCAUCCUGCCAUGUAGGUAGUAAUACAAAUGCAUUUGACCGAGUUGUUAUUGCAGUGACUUCUUAGGACUUGUUUUCACCCCCUAGCUUGUACAGAUACUGUAACGUGGGGCUUUUUAUUAGCCUGGUUCCCUGAGGGAGCAAGGUGCAACUGUGUUGUCUUUCUGUGUGUGUGGCUCAUACCCAGGUGGCUGCCAACCAGCACCUCCUCUAACGCUGGACUUACUUGUCUGGGUUCAGCCAUGUUCUACAGGGAGGUAUUGGCCUUAAAAAGACACCUUUUUCUUUUUUCAGGUUUUAUGAAAAUUAGGAACAGGAUAGAGGGGGGAGGCAGACUGAAAGGAAGCACACGAGUUGCAUGGAACAUACAAGAUGGCAAAGCCUUCCCAGUGCCGAGGAGGUGGCUGUGGGGAGUGUUCCUGCUCCUUCCAGCCUUUACUGCCCCUCACCCAGUCCUGCUUCAGCUGCUGUGGGGCUGCGCAGUCUGAUAGCAGUGAUCCAAAUAUAUAAAUGCCCCGGGGAGCAGAGAGGCUCUUUUAGCCCAGAUCAGUUCCCCAAUCCAGCUUAUAAAAUGGCAGCAGAAACAGCUGUUAAACAUUGGCGUGAGAGGGAGGGACAACGCAGGGCUGCCUUAGGGUGUGGCGGGAACUUCCUACACCAGCACUGCCACCAAAAAUUAAAUUUUGUUUUUAUUGGAUUUAUCAGAUAUGAUGGAAGCAGCUUUCCAAGCAGGUAAGCUCUGAGUUUAUAGUAUUUCUUUUUCUUGAUCAUAAGCAUUUUCAACCUUUUUUUGUUCUUUCACAUUUUUGUACUAUUUCUCCAUUGCAUUUCACUGCUGGUAGGAGGUGGCGCUCAACUCUGAGCUUUGAUGGGAAGUUCUGUGGUGUAUAUAUAGUUCUUGUUUUGAUGUCUUUGUGUGUCACUUUACUAUGUCAGAAGCUCACGCGCGCGUGUGUGUGUGUGUGUGUUCAGCAUUUUGCUUCGUUAGCCAUCCCACUGAGAGCUAUUUAAGGAUCUGGUGUUAAAUGCUUAAAGACUCUGAUCUGCAAAGAGGUGUGGGAAAUUGAGCUCUGAUGCUGUUUGAAAUGCGUGGGCCAGCAGGUGAGCAAGAGAAAUGAAGUGCUUCUGUUUCUCCUGGAAAUCUCCACAGCCAAGAAUUGUUCAAAGGCAGGUGGGGAUUUAAAGGACAACAUCACAAAAGCAUGAAGGUGAUCUUUGUAUUGAAGGAAAGUGCAGUGAACUCAACGUGUGUAAUUUUUCAGUGAAAAAUAUGUACCUGUGAAGCUUCGUGUUUGUUGAAAAACAUCAGCAUAGACCAGCUGCCUGUGACUGGCCUGAAGGUUUGUUCUGGCCUGUAUCCUGUUACUGGCAGUUGUGAGUUGGUGAAAGGAUGUAAGAACAAGGCAAGGGCUAACAAAGCUGCCCAGCAUCCACCUGCCUGCCCCUUCCCGACCGGGUGCUUAGCACUGGUGGAAGAAAGCGCUGUUCCAGGGUUGGAGGCACUGGAAGCCAGAGUCCACUUUCUCCCCCCGGGUGAUGUGCUGAUUCUCAGCAUAAUUCCGAAAUGAAAAAAGGUCUGUAGGUCUGACAUGCUGGGAGAGCACGUGCUGAUCUGGCAUAUUGAGACUUCUGCCUAGGGCUUCAGAUAACUCCUGAGUUUUUUGAAUGCGUUAGAAUAAACAGAGUGUAAAAGUUCAGACUUGCUGUUGAAGUGGUGCUAUUUUUUAAAAUAAUCUACAACGCCCUUCUAAAUUAGCUCAUGUCCGUAGCAUAUUCCAAGAAAGCGUGUAGCAGCAAUUGGGGCUGGAGCACAGCAGUAGUAUGAAUUCCCUGAGAGGAGGAGGGAUUCUGGCUCCUGGUCAGCAACUGGUGCAUCCUACAGGCAGUGGAAAGCUUGGAGCAGGGGAUCUUUAGCCAUCUGUGUGAUACGUUUUUAAUAAUAGUUGAAUGUGAACACUGAAUUGUUGUGCUGUCAGACCUGUAUUAUGUUGAAGUGUUCUGCUGUUUCAUUUGUAAACUAGAAAAUGAAGUCGUACAGAGGUCGAAUCAAUCAAAUCAGUACUAUUUAUUAAAAUUUUUACUGGUGUGGUCCCCAUGUCUGUAGUGCUACAGAUGUUCACAGCACACCUGUAGCACUUUAGCGAACAUUUGUAAUAUUUAAUAAACGUAAAUACAGCGUCA